AUGAAGGAGGCAAAUUCAUCUGAAGAACAACAAGAAGACUUCCAUCUAUAUUUGGAUAUAGCGACCGUGACAAGAGUGGUUGUUGUGAUUACAACCUCCAUAUUCUUCAUUUAUGUGAACAGCAUCAUGUUCUUCACCCUGUGGAACAAACCCACCUUUAGUGAGAUCUCCCGCUACAUCCUCUUUGGCAACAUGCUAUUAAUUGAUUCUGUCCACCUCAUGGGCACCACAGUUCUGUACGCAAUUGGUGCAGCACGCUUUCACCUGAUCAAGGCUGCCUGCGCCCUGCUGACACUGAUGCCCGCCACCACAUACACCACCUCCCCCUUGAACCUGGCAGUGAUGUCACUGGAGCGAUAUGUAGCAAUUUGCUUCCCCUUGAGACACACAGAGAUCGCCACACAGAGGAGGACAAACAUUGCCAUUGGAGUAGUCUGGUUUUUUGGCUCCUUAAACUUCGUCAUAGACAUGUUUUACAUUACUGUUAAAAAACCACACUCUCUCACUGCACUCAUAGCCUGCACACGGCCAGAUCUGUUCCCUGCUAAAUGGCACAUAAAAUUGGGCCAGGGCUUAAACAGCUUUUACUUUGUGGUUGUGGCUUUAACCAUCAUCUACACCUACAUUGGCAUUGUAGUAGCUGCUAGGUCAGUCUCUACAGACAAGGUUUCAGCCAACAAGGCCCACAAAACUGUACUGCUCCACAUGUUUCAGCUGGGACUGUGUCUUACUUCUCUUCUGUAUGGAAUUUUUGAGAGUAUGACAGUGACAAGUGGUUCGUCCAUGUUCUUGUAUUUGCAAAUCUUAAACUUUAUCUCCCUCAUAAUUCUUCCUCGAUGUCUGAGUCCCCUCAUUUAUGGCUUGAGGGACAAUGCCUUCAGGCCAGUGUUCCUCAGAUACUUCAGCUGCAACCACAGAAAAAUCAAACCUGAUGUAGCAGGACACUGA